AUGUCCGCCGAAAACCAGGAGAUCCCCCAGUUCAAGCUCGUCCUCGUCGGUGACGGUGGUACCGGCAAGACCACCUUCGUCAAGCGUCACUUGACGGGUGAGUUCGAGAAGAAGUACAUUGCCACGCUCGGUGUCGAGGUGCACCCUCUUCAGUUCCACACCAACUUCGGAACCAUCUGCUUCAAUGUAUGGGACACUGCGGGACAGGAGAAGUUCGGUGGUCUCCGUGAUGGCUACUACAUCCAGGGUCAGUGCGGUAUCAUCAUGUUCGAUGUGACUUCGCGCAUCACGUACAAGAACGUGCCCAACUGGCACCGUGAUCUGGAGCGCGUGUGCGAGAACAUCCCCAUCGUGCUCUGCGGCAACAAGGUCGACGUCAAGGAGCGCAAGGUCAAGACGGGCGCCGUUACCUUCCACCGAAAGAAGAACCUCCAGUACUUUGAGAUCUCGGCCAAGUCCAACUACAACUUCGAGAAGCCCUUCCUGUGGCUCGCGAGGAAGCUCGUUGGCAACCCCACGCUCGAGUUCGCUGCUGCCCCCGCAUUGGCUCCCCCCGAGGUCCAGGUCGACCAGGCCCUCAUGGCCCAGUACGACGCAGAGCUCCAGCGCGCCGCCGCCGCCCCUCUGCCCGACGAGGACGACGGUGACCUCUAA